AUCCACAGGCCAGCCGCAGCUAGCUAGCAGACAACGUAAACACUGGAACAUCUUUGAGUAGAUCGGGCCGUUUUAGCAGUUUAUCUUCUCUUUUCUUUUCGCAAUUUAUUGCAGAAUAACUACAUGAUGCGGUAGUUUACUUAAAAGUCUUAUUGUCAGCCAUGUUUGUUUGGAUCUCGGGAUUAUCAAGGCCUUGAAGUUGUUCUGCUAACGGAUGCCCAUGAUUCAGCUGGAGAAACCGGUGCUGACUGGUACCAUGCCUGUGGUAUGGCCCACCAUCCUUGACCUGGGCAGGGAUGAGUGCAAAAGAAUUCUCCGUAAACUUGAGCUGGAGGCCUAUGCUGGAGUCAUCAGUGCCCUGCGAGCACAAGGAGACUUGACAAAGGACAAGAAGGACCUGCUGGGAGAACUCACUAAAAUCCUUGGCAUCUCGACAGAGCGCCAUCGUGCAGAAGUCCGCAGGGCUGUGAACGAUGAACGCCUCACCACCAUUGCAUAUCACAUGUCGGGUCCUAACAGCUCGUCCGAAUGGUCCAUUGAAGGACGCCGGCUUGUUCCCUUGAUGCCGAGGCUCGUCCCUCAGACAGCCUUUACUGUGACUGCUAAUGCCGUGGCCAGUGCCACAGCCAAUCAGAAUGCUUCCCUGCUGUUGCCAGCUGAAACGGGAAACAAAGAAGUGGUCGUAUGUUACUCCUACACGAGCACCACCGGCACCUCCAGCGCUACAGCGACCAGCGGCAGCAUCGGAGCAACUGUGAAGUCACCACGACCCCCCAGCCCUUCAUCCAACGUGGUGGUGCUGCCCAGCGGGAGCACCGUCUAUGUAAAAAGUGUGAGCUGUUCCGACGAGGACGAGAAGCCACGCAAGCGAAGGCGGACAAACUCGUCGAGCUCGUCGCCGGUGAUGCUGAAGGAGAUUUCCAAGGUGACCCCGCAGGUAUCCAAGAACAUCACGUUGCCGGUGAGCGGCAGCCCCAAGAUGAGCAACAUCAUGCAGACCAUCGCCAACUCGCUGCCGCCCCACCUGUCCCCCGUCAAGAUCACCUUCACCAAGCCCACCAUCCAGUCCACCAACACCACCACGCAGAAGGUGAUCAUCGUGACAACUUCUCCCAGCUCCAACUUUGUGCCCAACAUCCUGUCCAAGUCUCACGCUCACAACGCCGCUCUAUCCAAGCUGGUGUCCACCACCAUGCUGACGGCGCCCACCCAGAAACAGACGGUGGUCUUCCCAGCCAGCGCCAACCCUACCGCCAACACCGUCGCAGUGACCACAGUGGUGUCCUCUGCUCCUGCAGUGGUCAUGUCAACAACAUGCGCCUCUUCAGCUGGAGUGAAGGUGGCUUCAGCCAGACUUCCUUCACCUAAGACCAUGGUGGGGUCACCGGCUCAGAUAAUGGCCCAGUUCCCCAAACAGCAGUCCCCCAAACAGCUGCAGCAGAGCUCAUCUAUGGGAAUGUGUAGUGUCACCCAGACCACCAGCACCUUGCCAGGCUGCAAGCCCACCAUCCAGAUCAAACAGAGUACAGGGGUCAAGAUUAUCACUCAGCAGGUCCAGCCCAGCAAAAUCCUUCCCAAGCCUUCAUCCGUGGCUCUGUCCAGCAGCGGCUCGUCCCCCAUCAUGGUUGUCAGUAGCAACGGCGCCAUCAUGACCACCAAACUGGUCACUCAGUCCACAGCUACACAGGCCACCUACACGAGACCGACCGUGAGCCCCAGCCUCGGCGCCAGGAUAUCAGCCUCCAGCGGUGGGACCACCUACGUCAAGACCACCAGCGGCAGCAUCAUCACAGUGGUGCCCAAGUCUCUGGCCACGCUGGGCGGGAAGAUCAUCAGCAGUAACAUCGUCUCCGGCACCACGACUAAGAUCACCACCAUCCCCAUGUCCUCCAAGCCAAACGUCAUCGUGGUUCAGAAAACCACAGGAAAAGGAGCGACCAUCCAGGGACUGCCGGGGAAGAACGUGGUCACCACUCUUCUGAAUGCUGGGGUGUCGCCAAAGUUAGAAACCUUCACAUCCUACAUAAAGGGCGAGAAGGGGUUGCAGGCUGUUCAGGGGACCAAACCAGCAAUCAUUACCGCCUCCAGACCCAUCACCAAGAUGAUCGUCACCCAGCCCAAAGGCAUGAGCUCCGGGUCCCAGGCCACCGCCACCAAGAUCAUCCCAACCAAGAUCGUCUACGGCCAGCAGGGCAAGACCCAGGUUCUCAUCAAACCUAAGCCAGUCUUCCAGACGGCGGUGGUGAGCGAGCAGACCAGGCAGCUGGUCACUGAGGCGCUGCAGCAGGUGACCCGCGCGGCAGAAAUGGGGCACGGUCAGACCCCAGGCCAGGACGGGUCCAUAAAGGACGACUCGGGCAGCUUAGCUGGCGAGCCCUCCCACGGCAGCGCUCAAGAGCCUCAGCCUGUAGUGCACCUGGUGUCCUCUAGAGAGCACGAUUGGACAGAGCAGGAAAUAUCUGUGGAGUCCAGCCCCACUAUUAUCUACCAGGAGGUGUCUGGUGGGGAAGCCCAGUCUGCCACUUCCACCAUCAAAGCCCUGCUGGAGCUGCAGCAGACAACAGUGAAGGAGAAGGGAGAGUCCAAACCCAGACAGCACACCAUCGACCUGAGCCAGAUGGUCAUGCCCAUCCAGCUGGCCCAGGAGAAGAAGCCCAGCCCGGAGCCCCCCAGGCCCUCCACCUCAGAGGCUGAAGCCAGCACAGUCACAGCAGGUAAAGUCAGCAGCAGAGUGGGCGUGGCCUCAGAGGACGAUAGCGUGGUCAUGUCCUCCAGUCAGCUGCUCGGGAAGCCUUACAAAAUCAGCCAUGUUACCGUGGUAACCAAACCGGCUGCCACCGUGUCCUCUGCAGCGUCGCACGUGCCCUCUGACAGCCAUGGUAAAACUGAGAGCGUGUUAGAGGUGGGCGAGCUGGAAGGCGACACCUUGGACCCCCAAACGGGUUUGUUUUACCGCUCCAGCCAACCAGCUACAGAUCCCACGAAGCAAACCAGCCUCUCUGCAGCCGCUCAGCCGGCGCCCUCGAGCCAGGCAGAGGCCGAGCAGAGCCGCCACAGCUCCGCCUCCACCCAGCCGCCGCCACAACUGCACAGCAAACCUCAAAUCAGCCAGCCUUCCUCUUCCUCCGCUGCCUUCCCCUCAACUCUCAUUCUGACUAAGAAACUCCCAAAACUACGAGAGCAGAGUCAGCCCAAACCCCAGGCCUUAACCCAGAGCCCCAAAGACAGACCCCCGACUUUACCGGCCCAAGUCACCGGGGCAAAGGUCACGACCCUGGUCAUGCCAACCAAGCCCCUGUUGACGCCGCAGCUCCCGAAGCUCCAGCAAGCACCCACAUCCCACCACAGACCCCUGCACACCCCCAUGUCCCACCCUCCUCCCCUGCAGGCGCACCACCCCGUCGGCACGGAAAAGACUGCCUCCAGCCAGCAGCCAAUCAUCACACAGAGCGCCACCGUCACCAAGAUCACCUUCGGCAGCUCCCACCAUUCGUCGCCGGUCUUCAGUAGCGCCGAGGCCACUGCCAAACUAAUCCCCGAGUCUAGCUCCAGGCCCUCGGGAGACAAGCCCUCGGUGUCGGACAUUCUGAAGAUCUCCAUGAUGGAGGCGGAGAUCGAUCCCAGCGUAGAGCCCAUGGUGGUGGACUCCUCCAGCGACUGCGGCCCUCUGGGGAAAGCCCAGGCCGUGUCGGGCACCCUGGACUCGGGCCAGUUCAUCAGCAGCUCCGGGGCCUCCAUGCAUCUUUCCCACACAAAGUCUCAGCAGUUCAGCUGCAUGCCGGGCCUCACAGCACAGAGGAACAAAGAAGACAUGGAGGUCAUUGAGGUGAUUCCUCAGUACUCCAUCCUCCCGGACUCCAGCCAGUCCAACGUGGUGGUGGAGCCCAGCGGCUUCCUGGAGAUCACCAACUACACCAGCCAGCAGCUGGAGGAGGACAGCCCCAUGGAGCAGGAGGUGGACAGCAGCAACGACGAGGCCGCAGCGGCCAGUCCCGCCCACCAACCCUAACCCUCUCCACGCUGGAGAUGGCUUGUGACCUCAAACCCAGCGGACAAAAGACUCUGGCUGUUUUUUUUACAUAUAGUGCAAGAGCAAAACUGCUUUCUGUUUUUGUGUAAAAUAUUAGUUUGUUCAUAAUAAGUAUUUUUUUUCUUUCCCACAACUAAUGGCACAUGUGGUUUUUAUUGCCAGCGAGCAGCGCUGGACGUGGGGGCGAGGUGAAAGGAUUAGUUUUAGUGCAGCCCCAGACAUUUGGAAAGCUCUCCAAACAAACUGUCCAGCACAGACACUUACACAUCCUUAACAUUGAUUAGUUGGAGGUUUUGGCACUUUGCCUUGUGCCGCUGCACGUAACGUGACAUACAGCCGGAUCAAACCACUGCAGGCCUGCGUUUCUGUUGAUUGUCUAGAGUAUUUCAAACGUGUGUUCCCCAAUCUUUGUACAAAGCGACUCUCCUGUUGAUAGACAUCUUUCGAUGAAGGUUUUUACCACCAGAUGAACAGUAUUUUCUUUUGACUGAGGUGCAGCUUUGUAACUUUUGGGAUUUAAGUUUUCAGAAGAGAGAACAAAGCUGCAUGGAACAUAAAGCAGAAAAGCUUCUCGGAGGAAGGAUAACAUAUGUGUUACUGUUCAUUGUAACUGAUGUAAUGUUAAAAGAAAAAGCAUUAAGCAAUGUACCUUGUUUUCUGUAAGAUACGUUCUAGAGUUUCACCAAGUAUGCAUUUGCUUCUGCAUAGUGUGUUUAAACUAUGCAUUUAUUUUAUACCUUUUCAAACUAGACGACUAGUUGAGGAAAAUCAUUUAAUCUGCACAAUAAACCCGCUAAAUAGAACAA